CAUUCUCUGUCCUCUCAGCUCUGCUAGCCUCGUAGUACCUGCCACACUAGGCCCUAGCCCGCGUUUGUUCCCGGCCGCGUUUAUUCGUUGGAAAUGGCAUUGCUGGAUGCCGUGGUGCAUCCGUCCCAACCCCAAGGCCAUUUAGGCUACGGGCACAGGGACUACUGCUCCUACGGGGCUCCUUUUUUUUGGUCAGAUGCGACUGGCCAUGGCGAUAACCAUGUGCCGUACGCCGGCGACUGGGACCCCUUCCUGCUCGCUUCCCUCGUGCACAAUGCCGAGGAGUCGGGGAAGGUGGUGGGCUCCUCCAAGGCCUCGCCGGAGCGCGAAGUCGCGCUGUCGUCGGCCAUUGAGCCGCCGUCAUCGCCGGUCAUGACGACGACAGCCAAGAGAAAGAGGAGACGGGCUAAUAAGGUCGUCAAGAACGAGGAGGAGAUGGAGAGCCAGCGGAUGACUCACAUUGCCGUUGAGCGGAACCGCCGCCGGCAGAUGAACGAGUACCUCGCCGUGCUCCGCUCCCUCAUGCCACCGUCCUAUGGGCAAAGGGGCGAUCAAGCCUCUAUUGUUGGGGGAGCAAUCAACUACGUGAGGGAGCUUGAGCAGCUGCUCCAAUCCCUUGAGGUGCAUAGGAGCCUACAGGAGCACAGCAGCAACAGCAAAUCGUGCAAUCCCUUUGCUGCCUUCUUCAGCUUUCCACAGUACUCCUCCGCUACCUCUUCUUCCCACAGCGGCGCCGGCAACCACACCAUCAAGGUGUCCGCCGGGAGCUCUCGGUCACCGUCGUCGUCAGUCGUCACCGCCGACAUUGAGGCAAGCAUGGUGGAUGGACACGCCAGCGUCAAGGUUCAGGCCCCGCGGCGGCCAAGGCAGUUGCUGAGGCUGGCGGCCGGCCUCCAGCAGCUCGGCCUCACGACCUUGCAUCUCAACGUCAGCACGGCUGGUACCAUGGUCAUGUACGCCUUCAGCCUCAAGGUUGAGGUUGAUUGCAAGCUCGGCUCUGUGGAGGAGAUUGCAGCUGCAGUGCAUGAGAUCCUGGGGAGGAUUCAGGAUGAGGCUGGCUUUAGCUAGUGGACAUCAAUACUAUGGCCUUGUUUAGUUCACUUCAAAACCCAAAAACGUUUCAAGAUUUCCCGUCACAUCGAAUCUUACAGCACAUGUACGAAACAUUAAAUAUAGAAAAAAAUAAUAAUUAAUUACACAAUUUGCCUAUAAUUUGUGAGACGAAUCUUUUGAGGCUAACUAGUUAGUCCAUGGUUGAACAAUAAUUGCCAAAUAAAAAUGAAAAUGCUACGAUACCCGAAAAGAUUUCACUCCCUAAACUAAACAAGGCCUAUCUUUUCUUGUUUAAGUGGCCAGUUGUGUGUUGGAUUCUUGUAAAUGCGCACACUACAAGAGAUGUGUGGCUUUUUGACGUAUUUAGUAUGACGAUAGGUCCUUACGUCACUAUAUCAUCUAUUUUUUGUCGUUAUUUUCUAGGAAUUUCGGUUUAGUGACCUUUGAAAAUUGUACGUCACAAUAUAUGUCAUACACCCAUUUCAAGUUCAUGUUGUAACACUAUUUUGUACGUCAUGAGGUCUAUUUUUAGUGUCAUGAGCUUU